GCGAGUUUCUCAUCUCGUCUCUCGGACUCCAGUUGGAUCGCGAAAGCAACAAAGAAAACAAAAGAAGGAAAAAUGGCAGAAGUAGCACCAGCGCCAGCCGCCGCUCCCGCCAAACCAGCGAAGAAAAAGGCUUCCAAGCCCAAGAAGACCGGCCCUAGCGUCAGCGACCAAAUCCUUAAAGUAGUGACCGCUUCCAAAGAAAGGAAAGGGGUGUCACUAGCUGCCCUGAAGAAGGCUCUGGCUGCCGGAGGAUAUGAUGUGGAGAAGAACAACGCCCGCGUUAAGAUCGCCAUCAAAAGCCUGGUUUCUAAGGGCACUCUAGUUCAGACUAAGGGCACCGGCGCUUCUGGUUCUUUUAAACUUGGCAAGAAAACCGCUGAGGCCAAGCCUAAGAAGCCAGCGAAGAAAGCUGCUCCUAAAGCCAAGAAGCCCGCCGCUGCCAAAAAACCUGCGGCAGCGAAGAAGGCUAAGGCAGUAAAGAAGCCCGCAGCCGCGAAAAAGUCUCCGAAGAAGGCUAAGAAACCAGCUGCUGCCAAGAAACCCGCCAAGAAAGCCGCGAAAAGCCCGAAGAAGGUCGCCAAAAGCCCGAAGAAGGUGGUCAAGAAGGCGCCCGCAGCCAAGAAAUCCCCGGCAAAGAAGGCUGCCAAGCCUAAAGCGAAAAAGACCGCAGCCAAGAAGAAGUAAGCUGUCAUCGCUGUUACGUUUGAACUCAAAGGCUCUUUUAAGAGCCACCACAAUCUUACAAGAGCCUGUUCCUAAAGCCAUCAGUUGUACAAAUUUAUUGCGAGGCAUGUAUAGCAGACCGAGCCUAGAGAGGAAGCAAAUCUCUUCACAUCUGCUAUUAUAUUAAUUAACGUUUUUAAUUUAAUUAUCACUUGCACACACCAGCUAGCAUCCUAGUAAAGAUUAUGUAGUACAUCCGGUUUUCAAUGUCAGCUUUGGAAAAAUGCAGAAACUGCAAGUAAAACUUGCACCAUAAAAGCAGCUUCUAGAAAUGUAAGCAUCCCCAAAAAAUUAGAUCCACUUAAGUGCUUACACACAAUAUUUUUGGUAUGUGUUUAUGCAUGUGCGCGCGCUGUAAAGUCAUUAAAAGCUCCAUGGCAUACUAGACUCCAGGAAAGUGGUCUCUUGGCUCUGCCCAAUUUUAAAAACUGCUGUCAAGGGCUUUCUAUUACGUCCGCACAUCAGACAGCGAGUGGUGAGACCUUUAUUUGACUUGUUAUUGAAACAACUGAGCAAGAUGAAAGGUGUGCUGUGAUGCGUAACAUGGAAUCAAGUCCCUAUUCUACAGAGAGUAAAGAGUAAUAUGAGUUAAAGGCAGUUAAGUAUAAUGAACGUGAAUUAGAAAAUAUUAGCUACAGGUAUAAUGAAUAAUGUUUGAUGGUGGGCACCAAAGUGAACUAGAUAAAUACACCUUUAAAUAAUUGGGUCAAAAUAUAUAUUUAAUUAAAAUAGGAAAUCAAUACAUUUACUUAUUAUGUGUGCUGGGGAUAUACGAUAAAUUUUCAAUAAAACAAAUGUCCAUUAGUGAUACAUUGUCUUUAGUUUUGCACCCAUGGCCUUCCAUACAGAACCAGUGUCCAGGCUUGGUUCCUCUGAACAGAGUCCCAUGUUCAUUGACUUCCUGAGCUACAUUGAGUAGAUCACUGCUUGAGUCCUAAUAAUCAAAUACGACACAAACUUUUCUUUCCACCCCCCAAAAUACAUGUUCAAACCACCUUAUCAAUAUCGCAGAGAAUUGUCACAUGAUAUCAAAUACAGUGUAUCAACUCAGCUGUGCAGAGGCAAACAUAAUGAAGUAGUUCAUUUCGAGUUGUACAUUCAUGCGCCUCUUCAUAUUUUUGUCCACCAGAGGGCAGAAAAGCGUUAAAAAGCUUAGAGUAACUAACCCCUCUUCAAUACAAGCUUCACUGCGUCGGAUACCUUAAUUUGGCCACCACUACGCUUAAUAAUGAUGGCAAUAUUUUGAGCCAACCUUUUAAUAGUGUCCUUUAAUGGUUAAACUACAACAAAUUCAUUAAGACUGUUGUCUUCUUAUCUCCAAAAGUUGAU